AUGGGAGAAAGACUGGAUGUCGAACGGGCGCUUGCAAAACCACGUUGUGAUGAAUUUUUCCACAGCAUCGAAACCAAGUUCCGUUCGCCUCAUAUCCCCAAUGACAAAUGCCGCAUCCAGCAGACCAGUUGUAUCUGUACCUGGUCAAAAUAUCCCACAGCCCCGGCCCGCCAGGCCUUGACCCAACGCAUACGCGUGGCUUUGUUAGAAAAAAUCGCACUUAUUGGGCUGCCAGAGCCCAUGGAAGCUUUAAAUGCUAUCAGCAAGAUGGAGUCAGAGGACGACGUGGAUCUAUCGUUCAGUCGCGACGGCUGGCGCUGUGACGAGGGAAAUCAUGCGCGCGGCAUGGCAUGGCUGGAAACGAUUUAUGCGCACGAAAAGGUCGCCCUAUUUGACUCAUUCAAAAUCUACCGUGAAUUUGACUUCCGGGUCUGCGACAUUGCCUAUGGCUUGCAUCUGUCCGAUCGGAGCAUCUUGAGUGAUCUAGAUCCGGAGAUGACUGCCGAUAAGGCAGUCAUAGGCCAAGAUAUACCCCGAGAGAUGUACUGA